UCUUUUGAGUAGAUGGCAGUUUCACAUCAGCGAUACAAUAACAAAGUUUCUUAUAGCCAGGCCCCGAUAAAGCGAAAAAAACUAGCAGAUAUUGUGAAAAUAUGAGAAAUUUCAUUGUCGCUUUAGCCCUCUUCGGGGCAGUGGCUACCGCUCAAAAUGCUCCGUGUACGGAAACUUGCUGGGAAACCUGUCCUAUUGAUCCUCGGUGUCCAUCGAAGAAUGGAGCGCAGGUGACACUUUUCCCACAUCCCACAAACUGUGCAAAGUUCAUAAAAUGUGAAUCCGGUCAUGGCUGCGAACACGAUUGCCCUUCCGGACUACAUUUCAAUGUCGUAGAAAAAACCUGUGACUGGCCGAACCGAGCCUGUUGUGAUUCGACGGUCGAUUGUGGCGUACAAGAAGAUUCAACGGAGCGCCUCUGCGAAACCAAUCCGCUGUGCCCUGCAGUGAAUCCAUUGAAACCGAUUCUGCUACCACAUGUGGUUUGUUCGAAGUUCUACAAGUGUGACAGGGGAGAAGCAUGUGAAUAUACUUGCCCGGAUGGUUUGCACUAUAACAAAAACGAAACAGCGUGCGAUUGGCCCUGGCGAGCGUGCUGCGAUCCGACUGUCGAAUGUUACGUUCCUUGUGAGGAUCAAACAUGUGCCCCAGGGCCGACAACAGUAACAAUUCCAACAACAGUGACAACUCCAACUCCAGCACCAACACCAGCACCAACACCAGCACCAACACCAGCACCAACACCAGCACCAACUCCAGCGCCAACUCCAGCACCAACUCCUGCACCAACUCCAGCACCAACACCAGGGCCUACGCCUGAUCCAGUGCCAACCGAUCCUCCAACCUGCAACACAUGUCCUCAGAACUGCGAGCUUCAUGCGUCAUGCCCCGCAGUAAAUCCUGCCCAGCCCAAACUAAUAAAGCAUGACACCGACUGCUCCAAGUUCUACAAGUGUGAGACUGGCCGCCGCUGUCUAGUUGAAUGUCCAAGUGGUUUGCACUUUAACGAGGACAAUUCUGUAUGUGAUUGGCCGCAUCACGCCUGCUGCGAUAAGACAAUCGAAUGCGUAAAACCAUGUAUUCCUGGAGUAACGUGCGCACCGGCUUUCGGAUAGAUAUUCAGUGUUGUAAAACUAGGAGUUUUAGCCGUUAUGGGAACCAUUUGUUAACGAACUGUUGAUCACUGUGUUAUCUUAGUUUUAGACUUUCAAUACAUAUUCUAAUAGUGUAAGUCAAUAAUUUUUAUUGUUGAUCUGUUACCAUGGGUAGUCUAUCAAUAUCUAAUAUACAUAAAUAUGAGAGCUUCAAUCAUAAAAA